AUGAAUAUUGAAGUUCUUGACAUGCUUGACACUGCUUCAAUACAAAAAGAGAUACACAUUGUAACGGAACUGCUCUGGGGAGGAGAUGCUGGGGAAAAAAUUCUUGAUCCUAUUGAGGAUCUGAAACUUGACUCUUUGGUCAUGGGAAGCAGAGGACUUGGAACCGUUCAAAGGAUCAUCUUGGGGAGUGUGGGCAACUACGUUAUGACACAUGCUCCUUGCCCUGUUACCAUCGUUAAGGAAUCA